AAUAUAAACGACUGACGUAUAACCUCCACCAUCACCGCCGUUUAAGACUUCGACCCUGUCUCUUUCGCCGGUACACCGUACAAGUUCCCCAAAACUGAAAGCGUUCACUCUGCUAAAAAUGCUAUUGGCAUCCAAAUUACCGAAACGACGCUCCGCCCUUCUCUAAUUUACAUCUCCAUGGCCAUCUCCAUCUCCAACCUUCCCUCUCUCACCUCCCUCCGUUUCGCAAACAGAAAGCCUCUCCCAAUUCACAAUUCGAAACCCUUAAUUCUCACCUCUAAAACCAAACCCCAAUCCGCAUUUCUCAUCACAUUCCAAAACGGCAAACGAAAACGCCACCGUUUCAAAACCCGAAGCUCGGUGCUCCCAGACCCGGAAAACUGGGUCCGUUUUAGUCGGUCGGUUUUACCUGGUGGCAGUUGGUGGAGUCUGAGCAGGGAUAACCAUGUAGAUAUGACGGCGGCGAAGCCAAUCACCGUCAUUGUUGCUCUCCGUCGAAUGUGGGAAUUGAUUGCCGGUGAUCGAUGGGUUCUUUUUGUUGCGUUUGGUUCCUUAGUCAUCGCUGCGCUUUCAGAGAUAUCAAUACCAAGUGUAUUGGCAGCCUCUAUCUUUUCUGCACAGAGUGGUGAGACCAUGGUGUUCUCUAGGAACUCAGAGCUCUUAGUUAUGCUGUGUUUAACGUCGGGGAUAUGCAGUGGCCUGCGAAGUGGCUGUUUUGGAAUUGCGAAUAUGAUAUUGGUUAAGCGCCUCAGGGAAACUCUACAUUCAUCAAUUCUUUUUCAGGAUAUAUCCUUUUUCGACAGAGAAGCAGUUGGUGAUUUGACGAGCAGGCUUGGGGCAGAUUGUCAGCAACUGUCUCAUGUUAUUGGGAAUAAUGUUCAUCUGAUAUUACGCAAUGCUGUUCAGGGGACAGGUGCAUUGAUCAAUCUGCUGACUUUAUCUUGGCCUCUUGCAUUAUCAGCUUUGGUGAUAUGCUUUGUUCUAUCUACAAUCUUUCUGUUUUAUGGCCGGUACCAAAAGAGAGCUGCAAAGUUAACCCAAGAGUUCACUGCUGGUGCUAAUGAAGUUGCGCAAGAAACACUUUCUUUAAUGAGAACUGUCCGGGUUUAUGGAACUGAAAGGAAAGAACUUGGAAGGUACAAGCAAUGGCUGGACAGGUUAGCUUUUAUAAACAUUCGAGAAAGCAUGGCUUAUGGAUUGUGGAAUAUGAGUUUCAAUACGCUAUAUCGUUCAACACAGGUCAUUGCGCUACUGUUAGGAGGAAUGUCAAUUAUGAGUGGUCAUGUGUCGCCUGAACAACUUACUAAGUAUAUAUUGUACUGUGAGUGGUUAAUUUAUGCUACAUGGAGGCUCACAGAUAAUUUAUCAUCAUUACUACAGUCCGUUGGAGCUAGUGAAAAGGUCUUCCAGUUAAUAGAUCUCUUGCCUAGUGACCAAUUUCUAUCGAAAGGGGUGAAAUUGAAGAGGGUAAUGGGACAUAUUCAGUUUGUGAAUGUAUCAUUUCACUAUCCUUCAAGGUUAACGGUGCCCAUUCUAGAAGACAUAAAUAUCUCUGUUCAAGCAAAUGAAGUGGUUGCAAUUGUUGGUCCAAGUGGUAGUGGAAAAAGCACAAUUGUCAAUCUUUUGCUUCGUCUUUAUGAGCCAAGUAAUGGUCAGAUUUUUGUUGACGGUUUCCCUCUAAGAGAGCUGGAUAUUGGGUGGCUGAGAGAAAAAGUUGGAUUUGUUGGGCAGGAACCCCAUCUCUUUCAUAUGGACAUCAAGUCAAACAUUAGAUAUGGUUGCUCUAGACACAUUGAACAGGAAGAUAUAGAAUGGGCUGCGAAGCAGGCCUAUGCUCAUGAAUUCAUCUCAUCUCUUCCUGAUGGUUAUGAUACCCUCGUUGAUGAUAAUUUACUGAGCGGGGGACAGAAGCAGCGAAUUGCUAUUGCUCGGGCCAUUCUUAGAGACCCUGCUAUUCUGAUCCUUGAUGAAGCCACCAGUGCUCUAGAUUCUGAAAGUGAACAUUAUGUUAAGGGGGUUCUUCAUUCGUUCAGAAAUGACAUCAGAGGAAAAAGAACUGUCAUUGUCAUAGCACAUAGGCUCUCUACCAUUAAAGCUGCUGAUAGAAUCAUAGUACUGGAUGGUGGUCGAGUCACUGAGAUGGGUGACCACACCGAGCUCCUUCUCAAGGGUGGCUUGUACGCACAGUUAUUUAAAGUUCAAACGGCUGUUUUGGCUUGAUUCAAGAUCAAUUUUUGGUUACACAGGAAAGCAAUCUCAUUGGAAAGCGCAGAGAGACGCAACAAACUACACAAAAAGUAUACAAGAGAGACUCCUAGUUAAGGAGAAAACAAAAAAAGAAUACAAGUCCAAAAAUUUCGUAAAACUAAAAAGUGAGGACUUUUGUACACUGUCAUUCAAGCAUAAAGAGAUUUGAACAUAACGAUUUUUAACUCUUAAUACUGAAAUUCACACAAUCUAUGUUUUAUCUUAUCUUAAGAAAUGCGAGGGGUACCAAAUUUUUUACCAAGAGAUGGAUACCAAGAUGAUGUGGAGUUUAUUCAUUGAAGAUGAUCAAAACAAUUAAUAAAAAAAAAUGUUACGGGUACCAACAAAUAAGUUCUACAUCAUCUUGGUACCUAUCUCUUGAUAAAAGAUUUCAUACCUCUAGCAUUUCUCAUCUUAUUAU